AUGUCCGGCUUCGACAGCUUCAACACGGAGUUCUUCCAGACCAGCUACAGCAUCGACGACCAGGCGCAGGCCUACGACUACAGCGGCAGGCCGUACAGGUACCCGCUGCAGUAUGGGGGCUACGAGUACCCCCCUCAGAGCGGGCUGCUCCCCGGGGACAUGGUGCAGCAGCAGCAGCCCUACACAGGGCAGAUCUACCAGCCCAGCCAGAGCUAUGCCUCAGCCUCAGCACAGGCUUUCUAUGGAAGUAACUUUGAGGAUGAGCCUCCUCUGUUGGAAGAAUUGGGGAUCAAUUUCGACCACAUCUGGCAGAAGACACUAACAGUGCUACACCCCUUGAAAGAAGCAGAUGGCAGCAUCAUGAAUGAGACUGAUUUGGCUGGACCAAUGGUCUUCUGUCUGGCUUUUGGAGCCACGUUAUUACUGGCUGGGAAGAUUCAGUUUGGUUACGUGUAUGGGAUAAGUGCAAUUGGCUGCCUGGGGAUGUUUUGCCUCCUGAACUUGAUGAGCAUGACAGGAGUGUCCUUUGGCUGCGUGGCCAGCGUGCUGGGGUACUGCCUGCUCCCCAUGAUCCUGCUCUCCACCUUCGCCAUCGUCUUCUCCUUGCAGGGAAUGGUGGGGAUUAUUCUCACGGCUGGAGUCAUUGGCUGGUGCAGCUUUUCUGCUUCCAAAAUCUUCAUUUCUGCCUUAGCAAUGGAAGGACAACAACUUCUAGUAGCAUACCCCUGUGCUUUACUGUAUGGAGUCUUUGCUCUCAUCUCUGUGUUUUGAACAGACUGUCCAAACUGUUGGACUUCAGUGGGCCAAAAUAAAAACAUCAGCUUGGAACGUGGAGUUGGACCAGAAACAGCUGCAGACAACUGUAUAGUGUUGCUAUCUCGAAACCUAGACCUGUUUU